AUGCAGCAGAAAUACGAGUUCGUCAGUCAAAUAGACUUUAGCGUCGCGUCCGGCACGAUCCUACACUGUCCGGACGUCGCCCAUUCCUCCACGACGAAGGGCGCGAGACUAGGAGAAAUCACUAAUUCAGGCAUCGCAAGUCACCGAGAUAAUAUUUGGCACAUACUCGAUAAUCAGGGAGGUCCUGCAAGCGCGCUUACAUUUUCCAUCCCCCUUGGUCCACCCCAUACUCACAUCAUCCACACGCCUCCCCCCCCAAAGCCAUGGGAAAAAUCGGCGCCGGAGGACCGGAAUAUGGGUGGAAUAUGCACGGUGAGGAGGGAACGGAAAUUUUACUCGGCGACAAGCCAAGACGCUCCUCCGCGCCCCACUUGCACCAUGCUUCUCACCCACCGACGCGUCGACCAGGCUUUUCCCAACACACCUCCUCAGACAGGGCGAGAAUACAUAGAUACCCUCUUCUGCACAGCGAAGAAACGACCACAGGAGCCGGAAUAUCAACCCAGAAAGGCCGUCGCUCUCCCCACUCACAACAUCAACGAGCUUUUUCUUUCUUCCCAGCCAACCCCCCCAAAGCCAAGUGAGGUGGAGAAAGGAAGCGUCGGAGGACCAGGGAGGCCGAAUAGGUCGGGAUCCCUAACUGAGAUAAAUUCUGAGGCCAAGCCGUUCACGCCUCCCAUAAAUCGGAGUGGGGUGGGAACACAGAAGUACCCUGCUCUGCUCAGCGGGGAAGCGAUGACCGGUGGAGGGUUGAGCGAUAUGGAUUCCUCAAAGACAGAAGGAGCAAGACUACGAGACGUCGCGUCAGAAUCGUAG